AUGGUUGGGGGAUUCCUGCGGCGCGGCCACAGCCUUGACAGGUUCCUGUCGAGGACGCGGCGCGCCGUGUCGCCCAGCCCCUCGUUCUCGUCCCCGCCAUCGUCUCCGCGCGGCAGCAGCGUCAGGAGCGGGAUGGCUGAGGACGAUGACGACACGGCCACCGCCGCGCCCCUGCAGAAGCGGGUGCUGUCGAGGAGCCACGGCUCGCGGGCCAUCUCCGGCCGCCUCCAUGACCUGCCGCCGGUGCCGUCGAGAAUCGUCCGCGACAGCGGGCCGCCUUCAGACUUGGAUUUGAUGAAGGAGAAGUUCACCAAGCUGCUGCUUGGGGAGGACAUGUCUGGCACGGGCAAAGGGGUCUCCUCUGCUCUCGCCCUAUCCAACGCCAUCACAAAUCUUGCAGCUUCCAUAUUCGGGGAACAGCGCCGCCUCGAGCCCAUGUCGGCAGAUCGGAGAGCGCGGUGGAACAAGGAGAUCGACUGGCUCCUGUCCGUCACCGACCACAUCGUCGAAUUCGCCCCGUCGCAACAAGUAUCCGAGGAUGGAACCAACAUGGAGGUGAUGGGCACCCAGCAGCGCGGGGAUCUCCUCGUCAACAUCCCGGCCCUGCGAAAACUCGACGCGAUGCUACUCGAGUACCUUGACAGUUUCCACGAGGCCCAGGAGUUCUGGUACGUGGCGAAAGACGCGGACGGGGGCGAGGACGACGACUCGUGCGACAAGUGGUGGAUCCCGACCGCCAGGGUUCCUGAUGAGGGCCUGUCGGACGCGUCCAAAAAGUUCCUUCAGCACCAGAAGGAGCUUGUUGGGCAAGUGCUCAAGGCGGCCAUAGCCAUCAACGCUGAUGUCAUCACAGAGAUGGAGAUCCCCGAAGAGUAUAUCGAGUCUCUGCCAAAGAAUGGGAGGUCCAUUCUUGGGGACUCGAUGUACAGAAUCAUAACCGGUGACAUUUUCGACCCCAAUGAGCUCCUAAAUUCAGUAGACCUAUCAACGGAGCACAAGAUCGUCGACCUCAAAGACCAAAUCGAGGCCUCCGUCGUCAUCUGGCAGAGGAAGAUAUGCAACAAGCUGUCGUGGGGCUCCGGUGUCAGCUUGGAGAAGCGAGAGGAGUUCGAGGAGCGAGCACAGACGACGCUCCUCAUCCUCAAGCACAAGUUCCCUGGCAUCCCUCAAUCUACACUCGACAUAAGCAAGAUCCAGCACAACAAGGAUGUUGGGUUUGCCAUCUUGGAGAGCUACUCCAGGACCCUUGAGAGCUUAGCCUUUGCAGUUUUAUCUCGGAUAGAAGACGUUCUCCAUGCCGACGCCGUCGCUCGGGAUCCCAAGCGCACCAAAUCGAGAAGGACUAGCCUAGAGUCUCCUCUUCUUGAUGCGACGGCCGAAGCCGAGACGGCACACCACAGCACCGUGCACUGGCAAGAUCAAGAUCUUGAGGACGGUGAGCGGCAUCCACAGGCCGCAGAGGACAACGGUGGGAAGCUGAAGAGGGUUCACCGGGUCGCGACCAAGAAAUUUUUGCACUCACAAAAAAUCGACGUGGCGAGUGGGUUAAGAAGCUUUACGCACAGAUAGCACAUAGCAGCUGUGCUGGGAAAAAUUAACAAUUGCGUGCAUGGACAUGCUAAAAUGGUGCCUUGUAAUUCGGAAGGGGACCUGUAAAUAGCUCAAAUUUAAUAGAGGGCCCAGGGGAUUUGGGGUUUGGCCAGGAGAUGACAUGCGUUCCUGUCCGAUUUACUUAGCGCAUACAAACUGCAUUACUUUUCACGGUUCAUGGUGAGGACUGAUAACAACGCUAGCGAAUAUAACACACGAAUAGCAUAUUGUGCACAUGUAAACAGCAUAGCAUAUAACAUCGGUUAUAGCCUCCAAAAGUUUCAUCCAGUGCAUAUAGAACUAGGUCUUGUCCAUUGACAAGUUAUUUGCGACAUAGCAGAUGAG